GAGAGAGAGAGAGAGGUCUGUUGCAGGCAGGAGAAGGCGUGACCUGAAUGGAGAAUGCCAGCCAACUCCCCAGACACACACACAGGACUCUCAGAACAAAGAUAAGACAGAGUGGAGCCCAGGAGAGCCUGCCCCAGAACUGACACCAGGGAAGAGAUCCUGCAAAAAGAAGUCAGGGAGGUGGAAUCCAAAGCCCCCAAGGGCAGCCAAGGCAGAAACCAUGAGGGUCUUCCUGCUCUGCUGCUCCCUGUAUGUGUAUCUGCUAAGAACAUCUGCAAACAUCGUGGAAUUGAAUGACAUGUUUGGAGAGAUCCAGUCCCCAAAUUUCCCUGAUUCCUAUCCCAGUGACUCUGAAGUAACCUGGAACAUCACAGUGCCAGAGGGAUUUCGGAUCAAGCUGUACUUCAUGCAUUUUGACCUGGAAUCCUCCUACCUCUGCGAAUAUGACUAUGUGAAGGUAGAAGCUGAGGACCAGGUGUUGGCUCUCUUCUGUGGGCGUGAGACUACGGACACGGAGCAAGCCCCAGGCCAGCAGGUGGUCCUCUCCCCCGGUCCAUUCAUGGCCCUUACCUUCCGAUCCGAUUUCUCCAACGAGGAGCGCUUCACUGGCUUUGAUGCCCAUUACAUGGCAGUGGACGUGGAUGAGUGCACGGAGAAGAGUGAUGAGGAGCUGGCCUGUGAUCACUACUGCCACAAUUACAUCGGGGGCUAUUACUGCUCCUGCCGCAUUGGGUACAUCCUCCAUACGGACAACAGGACCUGCAGAGUGGAGUGCAGCGAUAACCUCUUCACCCAAAGGACGGGGGUGAUCACCAGCGCUGACUUCCCCGGCCCGUACCCCAAGAGCUCCGACUGCCUCUACAGAAUCGAGCUCGAGGAUGGCUUCGUCGUCACCCUCCAGUUUGAGGACGGCUUCGAUGUGGAAGACCACCCCGAGGUGUCGUGCCCCUACGACUACAUCAAGAUUAAGGCUGGGCAGAAAGAGUUUGGCCCCUAUUGUGGAGAGAAAUCCCCAGGACGCAUCGACACCCAGAGCAACAGUGUCCAGAUUUUGUUCCACAGUGACAACUCAGGGGAGAAUGGAGGCUGGAGGCUUUCCUACUCAUCCUCAGGGAAUCCAUGCCCCAUCUUGCAGCCCCCCGUCAAUGGGAAAAUCGAUCCUGUGCAGGCUAAAUAUACCUUCAAAGACCAAGUGCUCAUCAGCUGUGCCACCGGCUACAAAGUCAUAAAGGACAACCUAGAGCUGGACACAUACCAGAUAGAGUGUCUGAAAGAUGGAACAUGGAGUAACAAGAUCCCCACCUGUAAAAUUGUAGACUGCGGCGCCCCAGUGGAGCUGGAGCACGGGCAGGUCGCCUUUGCCACCAAGAGUAACCUCACCAUGUACCAAUCCCAGGUCCACUACUCCUGCCAGCAGCCCUAUUACCAGCUGUUUCCCAACAUCACAGGCACAUACACCUGUGAGGCCCAAGGCGUCUGGAUGAACGGAGAUCUGGGGGAAAAGCUGCCCACUUGUCUACCAGUGUGUGGUCAGCCUUCCCAUUCGCUGCCCGCCCUGGUCAAGAGGAUCAUCGGGGGCCGCAGCGCCGAGCCGGGCUUCUUCCCCUGGCAGGCUCUGAUCGUGGUGGAGGACGCCUCGCGGGUCCCCAACGACAAGUGGUUCGGGAGCGGCGCCCUCCUGUCCGAGGCCUGGGUCCUGACGGCCGCCCACGUGCUGCGCUCCCAGCGGCGGGACAACACGGUCAUCCCCGUGUCCACGGAGCACGUGACCGUCUACCUGGGCCUGCACGACGUGCGCGACAAGCGGGGGGCCGUCAACCGCACGGCGGCCCGCGUGCUCCUGCACCCCGACUUCGACAUCCAGAACUACAACCACGACAUCGCCCUGGUGCAGCUGAGGGAGCCCGUGCCCCUGGGGCCCCGCGUCCUGCCCGUCUGCCUGCCCGGCCCGCAGCCCGAAGGGCCCCUGCCCAACACCCUGGGCCUGGUGGCCGGCUGGGGCAUCUCCAACCCCAACGUCACCGUGGACGAGGUCCUGGGCGGCGGCAUGCGGACCCUGUCGGACGUCCUGCAGUACGUGAAGCUGCCGGUGGUCCUCCACGCCGAGUGCAAGGCCAGCUACGAGUCCCGCUCGGGCAACUACAGCGUCACGGAGAACAUGUUCUGCGCCGGGUACUACGAGGGAGGCAAAGACACCUGCCUGGGAGACAGCGGGGGGGCCUUCGUGAUCCAGGACCCCCGCAGCCGCCGCUGGGUGGCCCAAGGGCUCGUGUCGUGGGGCGGCCCCGAGGAGUGCGGCAGCAAGCAGGUGUACGGCGUCUACACCAAAGUCUCCAACUACGUGGACUGGCUGUGGGCCCAGCUGGGCUCCCCUCGGGGCCGGCCCGAGGCAGAGGCCCAGGCGGAGCGGUGAGGCCCCCUCCCAGCCUCCCGGGGGUCCUGGCGGGUCCUGCAAGUCUUCGCUCCGCUCUCCACUUGGUUCCAUGAGCAGAACAAGAUGGCGUAGCCCCGCCGCAUCACUCCCCGGCCUUUCCCAGCGGGGCUUCCUCUGCACGCAUGGAAUCCAAAUCCCAGGAGUGCCCGGGGGGGCUCUCUGAGAACCCCACAGUCCCGGCGGCCUCGCUGAUCCACGGCCUUCUGGGCAGCGGCCAGCCUUCCCUCUGUUCAGCCGUUCUUCAGGUUCCAAGUCGCUUGGUACAACUUGAGGAGAGGGAAGACAAAGGUCCAGAUUUUCCAAGACACACAUUGAAAGUGGUUCAGAACUCACGAAAGCAACGGAGAGGCCCUCCCCUCCCCUUCGCCCUCCCUUUGCCCCUCGGGGGUCCUUUAUUCCCCCCCCACCCCGAUUAACCAGAUGGGACUCAGAAAGUCAGGGCAGGCCGGACUCCGUGAGCUCCAUCCACUCCUCUCCUAGGCCUGCCCUGAACUUCCGUCCCUGGCACGGCGCUCCGAAGCAGACUCGGAUGUUUCCAAACAGAACCUGGACGGCUUUGGGCUCUGCCAAGAUAAAGGUAGCCUCCGGGGCCUGACAGGGGUGUGGGGAGAGCUCAGUCGGGUCCGAAGAGAGCCCAUGUGGUGGCCGGCUUCAAGGACUCCCCCGAGGACUUUAAUUCACCUGCCGCCAAAGUGUGCCUCUACUACGGAGCCCGGCCGCAUCCAUUGCCUCAAACUGGCGCUCAAGGCUUCCCCGUGCCACAUCCUCCCAGUGGAUGAUGAACCGGGCUCCGGUCCUGCUGGCACCUCCUCUUCUGACCCCCGAUGGGGCUUUCAUCAAGCCAUGUGACCCCUUUGGCCCUCAGUUUCCUCAUCUGUAAAGUGAGAAGUCUGGACCAGAAGCCCUACUUUGGAGGCCCUUCCCAGAGCCCGGCUUUGAGGAUCCAAGAGGGCUCCGGUUCUUCUGCCCCAAUGGGCUGUCGGAGUCCUCACCAAAGUGCCACCAUCUCACCUCCACCCAGACAGGGUACCAGGGCCAAACGCAUGUCCAGAAACACUCCCUCCUUUCCGGGGCCUGUGGACCACGAGGUCAAGGAGUGCAGAGACUCCCCCAGAGGCUCUUCUCAGCCCCUCCAUUUCUGUUUGUCCUUCCGGCCUGGGCGUCGGGGCUCUCUGGGAAUCAAAGUGCUGAGGGACCUCUGAAUCCAGUCUGUCCAGUGACUUCUCAUCAUGGGGAAGGGUUGGAGGUUCAGGGAAGGCCCUCUGUGCCUCCCCACUUGUGCCCCCAGCCGGGAACGUGGACAGAGACCAUCGAUGGGAGGCUGCCGUGACACCAGCAGGAAAAUGCCUUCCUGACCUUCUGAGGGGGACCACAUGCCAAAUGCUGCCGUUUUGUUGGAGCUGAAGAUUCUGCACACUCUAUACUCCAUAGCAUAAGCUUCCCCAGGGCUGGGAGGCACUUUUAUAGCCACUCCCCCCUUUCCCAGGGGACCGAGUCAGGAAUAAAGGCCCUCUGACUCAAAACGGGGCAAGCAGCA